AUGGCAACAAUGAAGUACGCACAAGUUCCCAUAUUUUCAUAUCAAAAGUUUGAUAGUAAUCACCACUAUCAAACAUUUGAUCGUCAAACCCUCAGCUUCACGUAUCAUCCCAUUGUCCCCAAACCCUCGGUGUCGCUGCCGUUGGAAGACGAGAAGAAAGAGGAGAAAGAGAUAGCUGCUGACACUGAACCGGAAAAGGGGGGCGUUGAACAGACUACCGAGGAGAAUUCUCCCAAGCCUCCAGAAGAAUCACCUUCGCCCGAUGACGAUACCCCGACUCCAAACCCACCGGCGGAAACCAAAGAUGAAGAACCGGCCCCUCAGAAUGAGGAGAAGACCGAAGAUCAAGAGAGUGGAGGAGACGCCAUUGCUAAUGGCGAUUCGACUGAAGCCACCGAUGCACCAGCAGAACCUGUAGAGAAAGAAGGAAGCGAGAAUGAUACACCACCGGAGGCGCCAGCAGACGAGGAUGCUCCAAAAGAAGACACCCCACCAGCUGAAGAUGCUCCGCCCAAAGAGGAUCCACCAGCAGAGGAUGCUCCCUCAACAGAAGAUGCCCCACCAACGGAAGACUCUCUAUCAGCAGAGGAUGUUCCAGCGACAGAGAACGCCUCGCCGGUAGAAGAUGCUGCGCCCACGGAAGCGGAACCUGCAGAGUCCGCUUCAGAAGAAACACCCACUCCAGAACAAACUUCCGAAGAGACGCAGAAAGAAGCGGCUGUCCCGGUAGAAGAGCAACCUGCAGAAGGAAAUCCGCCGGAGGACGCAAAAAGGGAGGAGCCAGCACCUACUGAUGACGCAGCAGAGAAUCCAUCAGCAGAAGAAGCAUCGACGGAAACCCCUCCAGCGGCCUCUCCAGUGGAGGAGGCAGGCCCAGAAGCGGAGGCUACAAAGGCCGAAGAAGAUCAACCCGCCGAGCCUGUCAAGCCUGAAGAGACUCCAGCAGCAGAGCCGACAACGGAGGCGCCGAAGGAUGGAACUACAACCGAUGAGCCACCUGCUGAAGAAGAGACACCUAAGGCAGAGGAACGGGCGGAGACUGAACAGCCAGUUGAAGCAACAGAACCCGAACCUGUUAAUGAGGAAUCAGAAACUGCGGAGCCAGCCAAAAGCGAGCCGACUGGUGACAACUCCAAGAAGAACAAACGGAAAGAGAAGAAGGACAAGAAGAACAAAAAGAAAAACGGUGGUUCCUCUCCUCCAGUCGAGUCUCAGCCAGAGCCAGAACCAGCACCAGAAGCUGCUGUAACACCUAAAGAACCGCCCGUCGAAGAAGCUCCUGCAGUUGAUCUUCUGGUAGAAGAAACGGCCGUCGAAGAGCCACCAAAAUCAGCAGAGGAGUGGGAGAGCUUUGGUGGUUCGAAAAAAUCGAAAAGAAAAAACGCUAAAAAAGGCAAGAGAAAGGAUCAGGUUCAGGCCACCCCAGUCGAGGAGCCGCCUGAAGAAGCGCCGCCAGAACCAGCACCCGCACAAGAACCUGCUGCAGAGUCGCCCGCGGUAGAAGAUACAGGACAAACAGUACCGGAAGAUCCACCGGUCUCGGAGGAACCAGAUACUGAGGAAAAGCCCUCCACGGAAGAGAAGGUCGAAUCAUCUGAACAGGAAGCAUCCUCACCUAAUGAGGUGCCCAAAGACGUUCCUUCAGAAGACCCGGUAGAAGCUGCUCCGACUUCUGAGGCGGUAGUCGAAACCGCGGUUGAAGAAGCCGCUCCUAGCCAGGAAGAAGCUGCAGACAGUCCUACACCUGAAGCUCCUGCCGAGACAUCCGAAGAGACUCCGGCUGAAGAGGCGACCGAGGAAGUCAAAGAAGAAAUUGCAAACUCUACACCGGAAAAUCUCGCAGAGGCACCUACAGAGGAGACUGUCGAGGAAGCCAAGGACGAUGUAUUUUCAGAUGCUUCUGCAGAUGCCCCUCUAGAUGAUACUCCAGCUACUCCAGCCAAGGAGGACUUAGAGGAAAGAGAUCCUGUCGACGACAUACUCGACGACUGGGAACUGGACGACGAAUACGACGAAGAUUCUUCCCCAACUCAUGACGAAAAAGCAAAUGACAAUGAUGAUGACAAGUUCUCUGAAAUUGACUUUUCUGCAGAACAAGAUAGUAUUGAAGCAGAGAAAGAAGCCGAAGCAAGGCAAGCCGAGGAAGACGCCGAAGUAGAUGCGUUUGAGCCGGCCUUACAUGAGGAGGAUCAUAUAGAUGUGCAUGACGACGGCCCGACAGUUGCUGAAGUGGAAGAGUCUGCUGCCGCGGAACCCGAGGCGCCAGAAGCCGCGGCGGAGGUUGAGGAGGUAGUCGAAGCUGAAGAGUCGGUUCCCGCAACGGAAGAGGCUGAACCAGAGGUAGCAGUAGAGCCCGCUGCCGAUGCUCUAGAUCCUGAAGGGGAAUCUACACCCGCUGAAGAAAUCGCGGUUGCUGAAGAAACUGUGACAGACAACCAAUCCGCCGAUGAUUCACUCGCCGAAGAAAACCCAGCGGAAGCAGAAGCUGUAUCUGAAGAACCUGUUGAAGCUCCUACCGAAGCAGAAGCUGCAGAAGAGCCGGCUAUAGAAGAUCCUGUUCCUGAGGAAGCACCAGCCCAAGAGGCAUCAAAGGAAGAGGUCGUCGAGGAACCCACACCAGAGCCUGCUGCAGAAGAGGCCAUUGUUGUGGAUGAACCUAAAGAAGAGCCUGUCGAGGAACCAGCUCCCGCAGAAGAAGCUGUGGACGCUUUGGCAGAGGAGCCAGCUGAAGAGCCAGCCACAGAUUCUGCACCUGAGGAACCAGCAGCGGAAGAGCCUGCUCUCGAGGAAACACCAGCUUCCGAACCAGUGGCCGAAGAACCGGCUGCUGAAGAGUCUCCGGCCGCUGAGCCAGUAAAAGAAAAUCCUACUGCUCCGGAUGCGCCAAAGGAAGAGCCUGCGGUAGAAGUAGUUACAGAAGAACCGCAGGCUGCUGAACCACAACCGGAGCAGGCCCCAGCCGAAGAAGCUCCUGCUGAAGAACAAGCACCAGCAUCAGAGGAAGUGGCUGAGCAAUCUGCCGAAGCCGAAGCUGCUGAAGCUCCACCUGUCAAAGAUGUUCCUGCAGAAAGUCCCCUCGAACCUGCUAGCGAUGAGCCGGUAGCAAGGGAAAUCCCUGUGGAAGAGCCUACAGAGCCUGCAGAGCCCACACCUGAAGCAGAGAUUAUUGACCGGGUACCUCAAGAGGUUGAAACUGUUGAGCGAGUGCCUCAAGAAGUUGUCGAAGCAAGUCCUGGUGAAUCAGCUGUUGUUGAUGAUGACCAACCCGUCGUUGAACGUGGACCUUCUUCUCGCAGAAGACGACGUCACACUUCUGGCUGGAGUCGCGACAGACCUUCAAGAACCUCCAUGGAAGCGAGCAGAGGCCAAUCGGACCGCCCCAGGGAAGCCAACAAACUUCAACUGGAACGUCCGAAGGGCGACAGUGGUUUACUGAAGAAUCGAUGGGCAAUGGCCCUCGAGGAAGCCCGGCGACAACAAGAAGUUAAGCAACGCAAGGAGGCAAAACUCAAGCUUGAACGAGCACAGGAGAAGCAAAGACAAGAAGAAGUAGCUCGACGCGCCAAACUAGAAGCCGAGAAGGAAAACCUGCGGGAAGCCGAACGCCGCAAGAGCAAGGAUAUUAGCAGAAGCAGUGGUCGAACAAGACGGCAGUCAUCCGACCACUCUUCCAGAGACAGCCGACACAAGAGGCGAGAAGCUUCACCGAAGCCGGAGUCCGAACCUAUUGCGCGCAAGGUGAUUGAAUCCUUGACUACGGGUGAAUCAGACACUAAUGGUCCGCUACUCAAGAUCAAUGCCACCAAGGCUGUUGCCGCUGUGCCCCCACUUGAGCCAAAGCAGAUGCAGAGGAGGCGAGACGAGACCGACCGCAUCGCUCUGAACGUCGAAAGGAGGAGCCUGCAGAAGAAAGACGACGACAUCACGACGAGCGUCGAAGAGAUGACCGUGCUACUGAACAUGAGCGCAGUACUCGUCGACCGAAGCCAGAACAGAACUCAAAGUCAGGAUCCGGUUCUGGGUCGGGAUCUCGACUAA